CUUUGUCCUCAUCACCCAUAAAUUUGUUUUUCAUCUCCUUGGAAGCCACGAUCCUCUUCCAUAAAAACGAAAAGAAAGAAAGAAAAACACAGAAAAAAAAAGUUAGAGGAACAUGGCAUCUCCACAAGUGGCAAAUGGGAACGGUUCAUUGAGCUUGAAGAAGCCAAGUGAGACAAAAGGCAAGACCAUCACUUGCAAAGCUGCUGUGGCAUAUGGUCCCGGAGAGCCCUUCGUGGUGGAAAACAUUCUUGUUCAUCCUCCUCAGAAAAUGGAAGUCCGAAUUAAGAUCUUGUACACUUCCAUUUGUCACACUGAUCUUACCGUUUGGCAAGGCCAGAAUGAGUCUCAGCGAGCUUUCCCUCGGAUUUUUGGCCAUGAAGCAUCCGGGAUUGUGGAGAGUGUAGGAGAAGGUGUGAGUGAAGUGAAGGAAGGGGACAUUGUGGUGGCAAUAUUCAAUGGGGAGUGUGGAGAGUGUGUCUAUUGCAAGUGUGAGAAGAGCAACAUGUGUGAGAGGUUUGGGGUGAACCCCAUGAAGAAGGUGAUGGAAGGAGAUGGCACGUGCAGGUUCUCAACCAUUGAUGGCAAACCCAUCUUCCAUUUCUUGAACACUUCAACUUUCUCAGAGUACACAGUGUUGGAUUCAGCCUGCGUGGUGAAGCUUGACCAUGGUCAUAGUCUCAGCCUCAAAAAUCUUACCUUACUCAGUUGUGGUGUCUCCACAGGAGUUGGAGCAGCUUGGAAUACAGCUAAUGUGCAUGCUGGUUCAUUUGUAGCUAUUUUUGGUUUAGGAGCUGUUGGACUUGCAGUUGCUGAAGGGGCAAGAGCCAGAGGUGCAUCCAAAAUAAUAGGUGUGGACAUCAACCCAGACAAAUUCAUCAAAGCCCAAGCUAUGGGAGUUACACACUUCAUAAACCCAAAGGAUGAAGAGAAGCCAGUGUACGAGAGAAUCAGUGAAUUGACUGAUGGAGGUGUACACUACAGUUUUGAAUGUACAGGAAAUGUGAACGUUCUAAGGGAUUCCUUCUUGUCUGCUCAUAAGGGUUGGGGAUUGACUGUAGUAUUGGGAAUUCAUUCAUCACCAAAGUUGCUUCCCAUCCACCCAAUGGAGCUCUUUGAUGGUCGCCAAAUUGUAGGAUCAGUAUUUGGAGGUUUCAAAGGGAAAAGCCACUUGCCUCAUUUUGCCACACAAUGUGGACAUGGAGUGGUGAAGCUGGAUAAUUUCAUCACUCACGAGCUACCAUUUGAAGAGAUAAACAAAGCCUUCGAUCUUUUGAUCGCUGGGAAGUCGCUGAGAUGUCUUUUGCACUUCUAAGAAAAGAUGCCCUUUAGAAUGGUUAUGAUAGUUAUGAUCUGAAUUGUUCAAUAGGAGCAUAUCUAAAUGAGUGUGCUGUGUAGCAGUCUAAGAGAGGGGUUCGGGUGCUUUUGAGCAGUGUACUGCAGAGAAGAAAGAAAAUAAGUGGAAGUGUAUUCAAGUUUGUUCACCUAUCAUUUGAUAAUAAAGAGUGAGAGUGUGUUGUACUGCUGCUUUUUCGUUA